AUGGUGCUGGAUCUCAAUGUAGCGUCGCCGGCGGACUCGGGCACGUCGAGCUCGUCCGUCCUCAACUCCGCGGACGGCGGCUUCCGGUUCGGCCUGCUCGGGAGCCCCGUCGACGACGACGACUGCUCCGGCGAGAUGGCGCCAGGCGCGUCCACGGGGUUCAUGACGCGGCAGCUCUUCCCGUCCCCGACCCCGCCGGCCGAGCCGGAGCCGGAGCCGGCGGCGCCGCCGGUGCCGAUGUGGCAACCGCGGCGCGCCGAGGAUCUCGGCGUGGCGCAGAGGCCGGUGGCACCCGCGAAGAAGACGCGGCGUGGGCCGAGGUCGCGGAGCUCGCAGUACAGGGGCGUCACCUUCUACAGGAGGACGGGCCGCUGGGAGUCACACAUCUGGGAUUGCGGGAAGCAAGUCUACCUAGGUGGUUUUGACACUGCGCACGCGGCUGCGAGGGCGUAUGAUCGAGCUGCGAUCAAGUUCCGCGGCCUCGAGGCGGACAUCAACUUCAAUCUGGACGACUACGAGGAUGAUUUGAAGCAGAUGAGGAAUUGGACCAAGGAGGAGUUCGUUCACAUACUCCGGCGCCAGAGCACCGGGUUCGCGAGGGGAAGCUCGAAGUACCGUGGCGUGACGCUGCACAAGUGCGGCCGCUGGGAAGCUAGGAUGGGGCAACUUCUUGGCAAGAAGUACAUCUAUCUUGGGCUCUUUGACAGCGAAGUUGAAGCGGCAAGGGCUUAUGACAGGGCAGCCCUUCGCUUCAAUGGGAGGGAAGCUGUUACUAACUUUGAGCCUAGCUCCUACAAUUCAGGAGAUAAUAGCCUGCCUGACACCGAAACUGAGGCAACUGUUGAUGGUGAUGCCAUUGAUUUGGAUUUGCGGAUUUCACAACCUAAUGUGCAAGAUCCCAAAAGGGACAAUACCUUAACUGGCAUCCAGCCAACAUGUGAUUCCCCUGAAUCUUCAAAUACGAUGGCCUCUCAGCCAAUGAGCUCAUCAUCCCCUUGGCCCGGGUAUCAGCAAAACCCAGCAGUGUCAUCUCACCAUCAACGUUUGUACUCGUCAGCUUGUCAUGGCUUCUUUCCUAACCACCAGGUGCCGGUGCAGGAAAGGCCAAUGGAGCUAAGGCCUGAGCUGGGUGCCCAGCCAUUCCCCACCUGGGCAUGGCAAACGCAGGGCUCCCUUCACGUGCCGUUGCACCAAUCUGCAGCAUCAUCAGGAUUCUCUACCGCCGCCGGGGCGAACGGCGGCAUGCCGCUGCCGUCUCACCCGCCGGCGCCGUUCCCGACUACGAACCCGUUCUUCUUCCCCUAG